CCUUGUUGCGCCUGGUUUCGUCGUUUCUCUCACUCCUGCAUCUGCUGGUGUUGGUGCUGCUGGUGUGGGUGCUGCUAGUGAGGGUGCUGCUAGUGAGGGUGCUGCUAGUGAGGGUGCUGCUGCUGCAGCAUUUUUGAUGUUCCAAAUUCUCUUCUUCAUGUGCUUGUCCAGCUUCACAGGACGGGACGUACUACACCAGGAUCCUCCUCUCUGGGGCGCUGAUUGGACUCCGGGCCCAGAUCUUCCCUCCUCUGUGCGCCUGCUUGACCUAGCACCCCAAUUGUGGGUGCCCCCUUGCGAUGUAGUGUCUGUCUCCUCGAAUAGUACCAGCCGUCCUAUGGAUUCACAGCUUCGGCAGUUUGUAUCUCGUCCACUAGAGGAGGACUGCGGUGACCUUUAAUCGUGCAUAUGGGAUAUUUUGGGUUGUGAAGAUGUGGAGAUCCCAAGCAGGACUGUUUUCGCAGGUUUCCUAGUGCUGCUGGUGAUGGAGAUGCCGAGCUCAGGAUUGCGAUUUUAGUGGACAUCCCGUGACGUUGCACCACUGCUGAUCGGAAGAGAGAACGGGGGCAGGGAAGGAUUAAGGUGUGGAUUGUUGGUCAGGUGUCUUGGGGUUAUGUAUCGGGCCGCUCCGUUGCAGCACGCUGCCGCAGGGUAUCGUCCGCAUGGCCAGGCUGGAAUCUGGCUGGUCGUGGUUCUUCUCAUCUCUUCGCUCUGGUUGGAAUGCAAUGCCAAGAAGCCUUUAAAACUACUGUUAGGAACUGAUCAGGUUCUGAAGAAUGUGACUUUGCCAGUACAGAAUGUUUGUCUAAAGAGCAUCGUCCGUCAGAAGCAAAUUGACUACUACAACAUCGACGUUUCAGGUUGCUUUGAGGAUCCUGACUUUGAUUUCGAUUACUUGGAGGUAGCGGCACGAAUAUAUCAGACGUGUGAUGACAGUCAGGAGUGGUCUGUGCUUGUGAAUACUGAAGGGGAGCUGGUUCCAAUUGAGGAUGCGAGGGCUUCGAAAGAUGGAACUUUCGUGGAUUUCAUAGAUGCGCAAAGUAAGGAAUACUCUGGGCAUUUGAGUAUACCUCUACGUCAAAAUGCUAGCCAACCCUGGAUUGCCGGUUUUUACAGCAGCUGUGGUCCUCUACUGUAUCAUCUGAAGGCUUGGUGCUCAGUGGGUAAAGAUUGCAACUUAACUUGCAGUGCCCCUGAAAGAGGACCUUGCGUAAGCUUUGGGAACUGUCGAUGCACUCAGGGCAGCGAAGGAUAUUGUGAUUUAGUCGUGGAAGAUUUGCCAGGGAAGAAGGACGUGAUAACAAGAAAUGGGUUUUUCCACCUUAGCGACACAGUUAAGUCUGGGACGUGGAUGUAUUUCCGGUUUCAGACAACAAGUAACGCCAGUCGCUCAUUGGUAGAGCUGGACAGAGCGUAUGGUGAUGUGAUUCUUUUUGUGAAACCUCAAGACAAUGAAAGCGAUGACCCAUUGAUGGAGUCAUUGCCAAUUGAACGGGAUGCACUGAAUUAUGCUGAUCUUCCGAGCUAUCAAAACCGACUGAGCCAUCACUAUCUUUUUGUAAAUGGUUCUGGAAAAUUUUAUAUUGGAGUGUACAAUUCAGAUACAUGUGUCGAAGAAGACUCGAUCUUCAAUUUGACUGUGACUAUAUCCACUCCAAACGAUCCAGUUAACUUGUGCCCCUUGAACUGUUCAUAUCCCCAAGGACAUUGCGUGAAAGAUAAUGUGUGUAGUUGUGAAGUUGGUUACGGGGGAACCUACUGUGCGUCAUUGCUUUGGCAAGCUGCUGCACUCCAGGCAUAUAGUGGUCAACUCUUACCUGGAGAGUGGGCUUACAUCAAUAUGACUAUUAAUCAGGUGUCGGACGAUCGGAAUGUUUCCGUCUACUUCAGCUCGACAGGACAUUCUAUUCUAUUGGCUCAGCAAAGUCGUUAUCCAACAUUAAAAGAUUUUUAUUUCAAGUUCACCAAUUCUACUUUGGAUGCCACACCUUCUGGUACAUAUGAGGUCAGUGGAGAUUCUCUGAGAGGUGGACUGAUCCUUGCAGUCUUCAAUAUCGAUUACAAGCACAGAGGAGUAUCUGAAUUCGAAAUCGUCUUGUUAGGCACGCGGAAAGGACUGGGCAUAUGGAUAAUCAUCCUUGCGGCUCUGGGAAGUUCAAUAAUCUUACUCACAAUAAUAGCAGCUGUCAGACAUUUUCUGCAGAUGCGAGGACAAAUUGUUGCCGAAUUAGGUCGGAUGGAUUUUGAGGCUACAGCACAGGAUACGGAAACGUCGGAAAAGCGUGUUCAGGAUAGAGUGCUGAUAAGCACGUUACCAUUGAUAGCUUACCAGCAAGGAAUGUUACCCAAGGAGGACUCUGGGUGCUCGAUAUGUUUAAGCAGCUAUAGCAUUGAGGAGAUUGUGUGUAGGUUACCUGGCUGUAAUCAUAUCUUUCAUAUACGAUGUCUUGAAAACUGGUUCCAGACUGAUGAUAGCUGCCCUUUGUGCCGGGUGCCUGUGAGCAACUCGUCUCCUGAGUCAGAGAUUAGGCCAUAGUAACGACCUGUAAUAUCUGACGAUUUACUUGGGAUGGCCUCAUACGACCAAACUCCGUUCAACAGUUUAGUUCAAAACAUGAAGCCUCAAAGAAAAACCUACUGAGAUCUAUGUGCCAAAGGAUAAUCAACCAUUUUUUUGGUGAACGCAAUUCUCUUGGUUCAGGAGACUACUUUAAUUUGGAGAAUUUCUGACUCUCUUUCUGAUUUGUGUACCAAUCAAAAUGAACUUCAGGAAGGCAACUUGUCUUUUGUCUCCAAGUUCCAGCUCUUGUCAAUUUUCCCGGACAUUACAAGGUAAAUUGUAUGUACUAUAACAAUGCGAGUUAACAUUGGGGAGCUUGAGUUUGCAGUUUGCACCAGCUCAUAAAUUGUCACUCUUGUAUCUUUCUCAUGAAUAUGAGGAAUUAAGGAAGUAAAGUUCAACUUCUGUGCCA